GCAAUUUCGUCAACUUCCGGUUUACUACUGUCAUCAUUUCUUUCGGUCUUUUCCUGUCAUCUAACAACUGUGAUUGAAACACAUUUCGUUGUGUAUCUAAAGAAAUAUCAUAAUGUCGGAUGUUGAAAUUGAAACGCCGGUAGUUCCAAUCGAUGGAACGAUGGAUGUGAACACUGCGCUUCAGGAAGUCCUGAAGAAGUCAUUGAUCGCUGACGGAUUAGUGCACGGUAUUCACGAGGCAUGUAAAGCACUGGACAAACGUCAGGCUGUGCUCUGCAUCUUAGCAGAAAGCUGCGAUGAACCACAAUAUAAGAAGUUGAUAACAGCUCUUUGCAAUGAACAUCAAAUUCCUCUUAUUCGAGUGGAUUCUAACAAGAAGCUCGGUGAAUGGUCUGGUUUGUGCAAAAUUGACAAGGAAGGAAAACCGAGAAAAAUCUCCGGUGCUUCGUGCGUGGUGUUAAAGGCAUACGGAGAAGAAACUCCUGCUCAUGAUGUUAUCAAGGAGCAUAUGAAACAGUUGCGACAGUCAAGUUAAUUUAGAAAGUAUUUUCAUGGUUAAUAAAUAAUUACGCGUCGCUAAAAUCAAA